AAAACCACAUUAAUAUAAACAAACAUGAAGAGAGUCACACAGGUCUAGAAUUUCCUUUCUUUUCCCUUCUGAAAAAAGAAAAAGACAAAAAGGAGCCGUUAUCUACCUCCUCAGGAAGCCCACGAACAUACGAUACGUUCGAGCCGUUAUCUACAAAUCCCUCAUUCGAAGCCACCCAUACAAAUAACAUAGCUCAGACUCAGUAGAAAGAAAAAAACAAAAAUGCCAACCUUGAAUCUGUUCACGAACUUUCCAGUGGAUGCAGUGGUGGCCUCCGACAUUCUCAAGGAUGCCACCAAAGCUGUCUCCAAAAUCAUUGGCAAACCCGAAUCUUAUGUGAUGAUUCUGUUGAAUGGGGGAGUGCCCAUCGCAUUUGCAGGCACAGAAGAGCCAGCCGCAUAUGGAGAAUUAAUCUCUAUUGGUGGCCUUGGACCAAGUGUUAAUGGAAAAUUGAGUUCAACCAUUGCAGAGAUUCUUCAAACUAAGCUAUCUAUAGACAGCUCCCGCUUUUAUAUCAAAUUUUAUGAUGUUGAGCGAUCAUUCUUUGGAUUUAAUGGCUCAACAUUUUGAGUAAUAGAUCCAUGGAGAUCUCAAAGCUUCAAUGCAUGGGCCAACGCUUGCUGAUAGACUAUUCUGUUUCAGCUGUAAUCUUUCUGUAGAGAAGAGAAAACCCCAUGUAUUUGAUCAUAAUGAAGUAGUAAUAAUAAAUACUCUUGUUAUUUAA